AGCGCACUUGUCACGUCACCCUAGCUCCACCUACCGAAUGUUUCCAAUAGAGCCGAGGUGAAAACACCAGAAGAGGAGACGCUUUCAGCGCAUGCGCAGCGCGCGCUCUUCUAGACCUGCCUCGGGCCGAGUCGCUCUGUCAGAUAGUGUUGCCAUAUGAAGUUGAACAUGGCAGAAGAAGAGGAUUAUAUGUCUGAUUCCUUCAUUAAUGUCCAGGAAGAUAUCAGACCAGGAUUGCCAAUGUUAAGGCAGAUCCGAGAAGCCCGUCGAAAAGAAGAAAAGCAACAGGAGGCCAAUUUGAAAAACAGACAGAAGAGUUUAAAAGAAGAAGAGCGAGAAAGACGUGACACUGGAUUGAAAAAUGCACUAGGCUGUGAAAACAAAGGGUUUGCUUUGCUUCAAAAAAUGGGCUAUAAAAGUGGUCAAGCUCUAGGCAAGAGCGGAGAUGGUAUUAUUGAGCCAAUUCCUCUUAACGUCAAAACAGGGAAAAGUGGCAUUGGUCAUGAGGCGUUAGUAAAACGGAAAGCAGAAGAAAAAUUAGAAAGCUACAGAAGAAAGAUACACAUGAAAAACCAAGCUGAAGAAACGGCUGCUGUACAGUUUCGGAUGCGACUGAAAAAUAAGCAAGAUGAAAUGAAACUGGAAGGAGAUCUUAGAAGAAGCCAGCGAGCCUGUCAGCAGUUGGACACCCAGAAGAAUAUUCAGGUUCCCAGAGAGGCAUGGUACUGGUUGAAGCCUGAAGAAGAAAUUGAAGAAGAAAAAGAAGAGGAUGAAGAUGAAUAUAAGAGUGAAGAUUUAAGUGUAUUGGAAAAACUACAGAUACUGACUAGUUAUCUAAGGGAAGAACAUCUGUAUUGUAUUUGGUGUGGAACAGCCUACAAAGAUAAAGAAGAUCUAUCUUCAAAUUGCCCGGGACCAACUUCUGCAGAUCACGACUAAGAUUAUUCAUAAUAAAACAGGGUCUCACUGUGCAGGUCAGGCUGGCAUUGGGCUCACUUUCAUAGCCCAGGCUGGUCUCAAACUUGCAAGGAUCCUCCUGCCUCAGCCUCCUGAGUGCUGGGAUUACAGGACUGCACUACGAUGCCCAGCAAGUUUCUACACAUAUGAUGCAAGAAUUAAAAUGCGACAAUAAAGCAAGGCUAAAAGUCUGUGUUCUCAUUGGCCACAUUUAAAGUAUAGCUUCAUUCAUCAAGAUUAGAAAAUACUUGUCUGUCUUUUUUGUAUUUUUGAGACAGGGUUUUACUAUGCAGUUUUACUUUGCACUUCAGUGGGGGGCCUCAAACUCACUUUGUAGACCAGGCUUGCCUCAAACUCAGUGAUCCUCCUGCCUCGGCUUCCCAAGUGCUCGGAGUAUAGGUGAGCGCCACCACACACAGCCUCAUUUUUUUACUGAAAAUAAGGUUUCUUGGGUUGAAGGUAGAAAAGUUUCUUACCAUGUGCAAGGUCCAGGUUGAAUCCCACAAUCCCCAGAACUUUUAAGUAACACAGCAAACACCUAUAUACCCUAACUGAUAUUUACCAAUUAUCCAAUGGUUAACAUUUCAUCAUAUGUGAAUUCAUUGUAUCUCCAUAUUCAAUUGCAUUUUCUUUUUACUUUUUUUUUUCUUUUUUUUUUUUUUUGAGACAGGGUCUUGCUAAGCACUGGAAAACAGAAACACUGAAAUGAUACCCAGGAUUUGGAGGCAGGUUUAUUAUGCCAAUGGGCACUGAUUGGGAUCAUUCCUAGAAUAUCAGCCCCUGAUCUUUAGUGGUAUAAAGCAGGAAGUACAGAGGCAGAAUGGGUUGUCAUUGGGGAUUGUUUUAUACAAUGUGCAUUAUAGUGACCAGUUAUACGUCACCAUGACCAGCCGUUUCUAAGAGACAGGCACAACCGGAACUGGACCAGGAGCUAACAAACUGAAGCAUACUGGCUGGGGGUGCAUUUUCUGCCACAGUUCUGCAGUUUGGAUUGGCCUUAAACUCACAGUGUAGCCCAGCCUGGCUUUGAACUCGUGGCAAUCCUCUUGUUUUUGCCUCCUGAGUGCUAGGAUUACAGCCCUGUACCUUCAAUACAGCUUGCUGUCUCUUAAUUUUGAAUAAUUUUCCUAAUCGUUCAUGACACUGACUUUUUAAAGAAUGACCCAUAGAAUGUCUAAUAAUUUCCUUGUUAACGAAUUCCUGUUAGACAUUUGAUGAGGAAGAAUUGUAGGUGAUAUCAUCUAAUUCUUACAUCACAUUAGGAGACACAUAAUUUUAGGUUGCUGUACCUUGAGUGAUGGAGUGAUGCUGGACUGAAUCACUUGGUUAUGGUUAUGGGUUAUUCUGGUGACCACAAUCUUUCCAUUGUAAAACUACAUUUCCCCCUUUGUAACACAUCAUCUAUGAGAUGAUAUCUGAAUUUUUGCAGUUCAGAUGAUAUCUGAAUUCUGUUCCCCAAAAUGUUUCCACCCAAUAGUUUUAGCACCCUUUGAUGAACCUUGCUGUAAUCAAAUGCUGUCCUGGAAGUUAAAAGUAGAUUAAUUGAACACCUUUUAAAAAUAGCUAUUAGCCUUUAUGAAAACAUUUACUAUUACUGGGAACUUUUUCAUUUUCUGUUUAAAUUUUAUUCACUUUAAAACUUGUUUUAAAACCAGUUUUAGAAUGAAAGUUGAUGGCUCUAGUUUGAAUUAGCUUUCAGGGUCUCUGAAGACACAAUCCCAAUUAUGUUCUAGCUUCCAUACAGCAAUUCAGGAUGACAAAUGAACAUACGCAGUACUCCCCAAAUACAUCUUUUCCAUAACCUGCCAGGCCCCUUGCCAAGACUGUCCAUUUGGUCUGCUCCAAAUGUCUCACAUGCUCCAAAGUGUUGCUGAAAUGUCACUUCUCAGCUGUGUGCUCAGUAGAGUGAUCUUGGCCCUGAAGAUUAAUUAUUUUCCCUCCCAUGAGCCAGCAACAGUAGUGGACUGGGAGGAGAACCAAGAAGACAACCUGCCUGCUCCUGUGAGCCAGCUGGGAUGCAGGCGAGGACAGGAGAUGCCCAUCCCCCACCUCCGCCCUAUAAGCAAAGGGCAGAGUCAGAGGAACACAGGCUGAGAUGACAGUAAUUAAAAGGAAAAAACCUUAGUGCUUGUAAUGUUUGAUUGACUUUUCAGGCCUGAAGCUGGUAAUCUGAGCAUCUAUUAGAGGAUAACAAUAUAUGCAAUAUAGCAAAAAUUGGGAUUUCUUUGUCAUUUUUUUAAACAAAACAAAAAAGGAUAGAAAUAAUACAGAAUUUUUUAAAAACAGUAGGAAAUUCUGUUGUUUUUGAAAUCCAAUAUUGUUCUCACUGUUUUGUUUUAUUCCCUUUUUAAAAAGCGAUUAUUUUCUGUACUUAGUCACUGCCUUACUGCAGUUACAUUUUCUUAAAAGUGUCACUUAUAAUGAACACAAAAUAGUUUUUUAAAGAACUUUGCAGCAUAAACUAGUGGACUCAGCAUCCAGUUUAAUAAAAAAUAUCACCCUUGCCGUUGAAGGCCACUUCCCUAAUCCUUUUCCUCUAACAUAAACACUGUCACAAAUUUAGUAUCUCUCAUUCCCUUCUAUCUCUUUAUUAUUUUAUCGCAUUUGUUGGAAUUCCUAAACAAUGAUUUAUUUUUGUGUGUUCUGGAACUUUAUGUAAAUAGAAUUGCUCUGUAAGUAUUUUCUGAAACUUACUUUGUUCACUUAAUAUUAUGUUUCUAAUAUAUAUUGUAUUAUCUUACUGCAUUAGCUCUUAAUUUUAGUGUUAUAUAGAACUGCACUAUGUGACUUCAUCUUCUCUCCUCUUGAUAGGCAUUACAGUUGUUCCUGAUUCUUUGGUUUUUCUGAAUAGUUUUUUUUUCAAGUUAUAAAGCUUUAUUGAAAACCAUCUUAACUAUAGUUUUAAUACUUAAAUAUAUGUGAAGUCAUUCCUAAGUGAAACACAAAGUUAUUUUUGCAUUAGUAUUUAAUACUUAAAUAUAUGUGAAGUCAUUCCUAAAUGAAACACAAAACUAUUUCAGCUAUUUAAUUUUGUCCUCAAUAGCAAGUUUUUCCUUUAAAUAUUAAACUGUGAAAGAAAAACUUAAGCAUUUCAAAACUCAUAGUGCACAAACCACUUUGUGCACUUAUCAUUCUAUUAACAAAUAUCUUACUAAUUAAGUAGUACAUUAAAGCCAUAAAUCAACAUCUCACCUCACAGGACUAUUAUUAUUCACUUAUUUAGAAAGUCAUUUUUAUGUUCUAUCUUAUGAGGCUGAAGUUAUCCUAUAGACAAAGAGUAGGUACAAUAACUAUUUUCUCCCUCUAAUCAGGUUUUAAAUUUUUUAUUAGGACAAUCUGGGGGUAGGGUAUUGGAUUUGGGUAUUUACAUUCUAUCAAAUAGAUUCUUAAUAAAUUGAUGGCAUAAAAUUUUACAGCACACAUCUUCAUUAAUCUGAAACAUAAAAAUAAUCCUUUAACAACAGUUUUAACAUACAUCAAAUGUAACGGAGUAGUCAAACUAACUAUCCUUUUGUUAAACUUUGACGAACACAUUAAGUCUUUACUGUUUGAGCAAAUCAGUUUUAGUUUCUUCAAGGUCCUCCAUGUGUUCUUUAACACUACACUCAUGGGGUUGUUGAGUUUAUAAUGUAAUAUAUUUUAAUCCAGUUUCCCUCUUGGUAUUGCCUCACACCAAAUUCUGCCUUCUUCUGAAAGCCAUGGUGGUUUCUUCCUAGAUCUCUGUUUUUCUGAGUGAUUCUUUGAAACAGGUCUUUCAGUGUCUCUUCUGUUUUCUUCCCCUCUGAAGAAUUCCCACUCACUUUCUUAUGAUGGUCUUGCUGACAGCUUCCUUGUUUCAAGUUAGAUAAAAAGAGAUUCAUGUGAGAUUUUUUCCUUUAUCCAAAUUAGCUUCAGUUGUGGUUUCAUUAUCAUUACUGUUACAGUUAUCUUUGUGUUUUCUCAUUUUCCACUACUUGUGCUGCUUCAUCAGAAAAGGUGAUUUUUCACUUAGCGCACAAUCCACAUAACUUCUAACUUUCUCCAUCAUAAGGUUGUAGCUGAAGUGUUGAAAACAGAAAUGAUAUGGGCCUUUCUGUGAAAUCAUAAGCAAUUUCCUUUCAUGUGAGAAUAUGGGUCACCAAAUAUUCUUUCAAGGACUUCUUCUGUUUCCUUAAAACUACCAUGUUCUGGGGCCUGGGGAUUUAGCUCAUCGGCAUAAGCACCUGCCUUGCAAGCAGGCAAGUCGUGAGUUCAAUCCCCGGUACCAAUAAAAAGGAAAAAGACAAAAAAAAAAAAAAAAAAAAAAAACCUACCGUGUUCCAUAUAGCUAUAGCCUGAAUAUUAAUAAAAUUCUGUAUUUCUUCAUGUGUAAAAAUGUUCUUUGAAGUUAAAAAAAAAUAAUGAAAAUCUGUCUUAAAGGCAAUACAAAAAAAAGGAAUAAAAUGAAAAUAAGAGGAAAUAUCUAUCCAUGACCCUUAGCAGACCUUAUAUAAUGAAAGGAAAGCAAAUAUUAGAAGUAGCAGGCUUUUUAGAAGGACCCUAAUAGGUAUGCCUUUCCUUUUUAUCUAAGACUUUCUUCCACUCAGCCAAGGUCUUCAGUAUUUCAGAUGUGUCAGGUCGUCUUUGAGGCUCCUUCGCUAGUAAUUUCCGUAGAAGGCUUUUCUGUAAGCAGAAGUAACUGUCAAUAGUAAGAACUAAACAUUGGAAUUAAUAAAAUUGUGAUUAUUUUUAAAUACUUACUUCUUUGUUAUCAAACACAUUAUCAAAGAUGCCUUUCCUUAGAUCUUUGAAAACCUGAAAAUAAAUCAUAUACAUUCAUUUAUUAGGAAAUUAUUUGCUUGAGAGGAAGAACAAACUUAGAACACAUUAAAGGUUAAGAAUACCUUAAGGAUACUCUGAAUGUAGGCUGUUGCUAGACCUUUAGGAACAUCUUUUUAGGCAAGCACAAGCGGAUAAUUCCCUCCACCACACUCAGUCUAAGAACUGUCUUAACUUCCUUUGUUUUGAUAUUCGUUCCCGUAAUCCUUCCUGGAACCCUAAGAAAUAGAUACUUUAAGUACCCCUUUUAUAGAGACAAAAGUUGUUGACUAAGCAGAUCCUCUUCCUGAGCUUCAGACUAGCAUAUCCAGUUGCCAUCUGCCUUUAGUAGUUAUCCAUUGCCUACAUGAGAAAAUCCAUAUUUUUUCCGCAGAUUAGCACCAAUCUGCCUUUCCAGCUCCAUUAACCAUCACUUCCUUGUAACAUGUAUUCUCCAAUAAAACUAUGCUGCCUGCUGUUUCCAAAUAUACUCGGUACAGGCCCAUCUUCACACUGGCGUCUCCUGGUUUCUAUUUUGGACUAUUAGAAACAACCCUCCUGGGGGCUGGGGAUUUAGCUCAGCAGCAUAAGCACCUGCCUUGCAAGCAGGCGGUCCUGAGUUCGAUCUCUGGUACCAAUAAAAAUGAAAAAGACAAAAAAAUAAAAAUAAAAAUAAAAAAAGAAACAACCCUCCCUUCACAGGCCAACUGACUUGCUUUGGUGAAAUCUGAAAUCUCAGCUGAAAGAUCUACAUGUUUCCACGGACUUUAUGUCUUUUCUUAAAAUACUUAUAACAUUCUUUUAUCUCCUUUCUUAGAAAAAUCAACUGUUAAUUAGGCACAGAGGUACAUGUCUGUAAUCCCAGUAUUCUGGGAGCUGAAACAAGGCAGAUCACAAGUUUGAGCCCUGCCUGGGCAAUUUAGUGACUUAGACUCCCAUCUCAAAAUAAAAGAAAUGAAAAACCAGAGAUGUUGCUCAGUGAGAAAAGUUCAAUCCCCAGUACCAGGAAAAAAAAACCUGCUUCACUGCUGUCUCUUGUAACACCUAUCACAGUGUCUUUAGCAAAGUAGGCAAUCAAUGAAAUUUUACCAAUUGACUUAAAAGCCCUACAAAAAAAAAGUACGCAUCUUCCAAAAAAAUAAAGCUUUUUGUUCUAUGAAAAAUAGUUCUCAGAAUUUGAAAUAAGAAAAUUCAUGUUUCAGUUGCAGUUACUCACUACUGAAGCUCACCUUCACACAUGGGCAAUGACUUUGAAACAAUACAGACAUAGAAGAAGACAUACAGUAAGAUAUGUAAUUAUUUUCUUAGAUUAUUUACCGCAACUGUUUCUUGGAAAGUCGCACGUACGUGAAUAAGUUCAGAGAGAAUUAGUCCCAGAGCAAAAAUAUCCACUUCCUUUCCAUAAUCUUGUGAAUUCAGCUGAAGAGAUCAAAGCAUAGUUGCCUUUGUUACUUAUCUGAUGUAAAUAUCUGUGCUUUCUGAAGCCACAAAAUCUUCUAUCAUGCAAAGAAUAUAUCUGCAUGAUUUGUGGAGUCUGACAGCAUAGAUUCAAAUAUUUAGCACCAAAUAGCAGCCUCUCUGCUGUAAAUUAACCAUUAAUACGGGAAUAGAAUAGUAUUAAUUGUAAAAUGGGUCUAAUAAUACCAUUGACCUCAGAGUUUGAUUGUGCAAUUAAGUAAAAUAUAGCAGGUAAAGCAAUUAAAAUGUUGUCCACUGACUUCUGUGACAAUAUUCAUAACAUUUAUUUAUAAUAUUCCAUAGCUAAAAAUAACUCAACUGUUACCAACAGGAGAAUUGAAAGACAUACUGUGGUAUAGUCAUAUCAUGAAUUACUACUCAAUGACAAAAAGGAAUUAGUUGCUGAUACAAGGAAACAAUUAAAGGUUUGCCAGUGUAAUACUUUGAAGAAACUAAAUGCAAUUGAGUACAUUUACCGUAAUUCCAUUCAUAUGAAAUUUAAGAACAGGAAGAAGUGAAGUAUGAUGAUAGAAAUGAGAGAGCUAUUUCCUUCCAUGAAGUAGGGAGGGGGAAAUAGCUAGAAAGUGGCUGUUCUACAUGUUCACAAACCUGUAGGCUACAACAGAAUAUACAUUGGUUAAAGCAAAUACAUUUAAGACAUGUGCAUUUUGUGGCACGUAAAUUAUUCCUGAAUAAAAUGUAUUUACAUUUAAAAAUCACCUAAGAUUUGGGGAUGACAGUGCACAAUGUGUGUAUCACUGCUGCCCCGAUUGACAUGUUUUGAAAUUUUGUUUUACUUUUUUGCUUUGUUUUUUUUCUCCUUAAAAUAAAAUGGAUUUGGAAAAAAAGAAAAGAAAUAUGUGAUGGUAUGAACAGCUAUUUUAAAGAAAACAAGACAUUAUAGCAGUCAUUGCUGAUUUAAUACCAUCUUGCUUUGAAGUCCUACCAUGCUUUUGUUCUUCUGAUUCCUUUGUUCUAUCAUGUUGUGUCUUACUGGAUUUUAAUGUGUGAUAGUAGAAACAAAUUUUCUAUGGAAAAUGAGAUAAUGUAGUAGCCAUUGUUCAUUUUCUGUUAUUUGGUUCUAAAUGCCCUGUAAUACUUUCAUUCUCUUGAAUGGUUUUAUACUAUUUUGUUAUGUUUGAUGCUAUUGUAUGUGAAGGUAUGCUCAACUAUUUCAAAGGAAGAGUUAUUAUGGUAGCUACUGUUAAUAUCCAGUUGUCUUGCGGGGAAGUGCUAUGUUGCUUACAUUGUUCUGUUCUGCUCUGCUUUGUUCUGUUCUCUUUUGUCUUAAUUUCUUUAACAUAAAAUUUAAAAUUUUUUAAACAAAAAGAAAAGAAAAAAGAAGAGAAGAAGUGCAAAUCACCUAAGAUCUGGGCAUGAUGGUACACAGUGUGAUCCCGUCACUCGAGUAAGCUGAGGCAAGAGGACUGUGAAGUUUGAGGCCAGCCUGGGCUAUAUAGUGAGUUCAAGAUUUGCCUAACCUACAUAUUGAGGACACAUCUCAGACUAACAAAAUGCCUGAGAAAAAUAAAAGCACAAUCAUAAAUUAUAAUUUAAAACUAUUCUGAGGGUGAUAAUAUAGGCUGCAGGAGCUGUUUAGUCCAAUUGGAAGUAAGAGAGACAUUAGUUCUCUGUUGUGUUCUACCUCACACCUCACACACAUGCCAUCUACAUUACAUUUCUAUGCCAAAUGGUCUCCAAAGGGAAGAGGUGAGUUUGCUCUCACCUCUUGAGAACCGCUGAAGGUUCUCAAGACGUUAGAUAGCUCAGUGCGUUUACUCUUGGGUGACAGACUAAUGAAAGUAUUUUGAAAAAAAAUUAUCAAGAAAAUCAACUUAAAAAGAGUACUUAAAAUCCAAAACAAAGAAUAAGAUGAACAAUCCAAAAGAUGAAAAUAGACAACCAAAAUAUCACAGUGUAAAGACUUUGUUGUGAGUAUGGAGAUCUUUCAGUUGGUGACUGUUUUUUAGUAAUAUACUCUGAGAGUGGCUAACGAUAAGCCUUAGCCUCUGUCCAAAGAUCCAACCAGUUCCGUUCAUCUGGAACAGGAGAGUGCAGUGUAAUUGGCCUAGCACCCACUUCUCUGGGAACAAACCACAAUACUGCUAAUGACACAAAGACAACCUACAUAUUGACAUGCAAAGAAAACCAGUUAAUAGUAACAACAAUGCCAACCCUGGCAGUAACAACCAUAAUACAAUCAAAGACAAACUACAUGCUGACAUAACAUAAAAAUCAAUAAUGUACCAACCUUAACCACAGAAAACAUCUAUAAUUAUAGUAUCAACACAAAGAAAAACCAAAUAUCAACACGCAGUAUCUACUGAAUGUGACAACUGUACCUCCACUAACAAUUGAAAAGAUUUCAACAGUAAUAACACACAGUUAACUAAAUAUCUUAAGAUUAAUAAAACUCAAGAUUAUACUAGCAAAGACAGGGUGUGGGGAAUGGGAGAAUGAAGGAAGUAAAAUUUGAAAAAUAAAGAAAAGAAAGUUGAGGAGGCCAGAAAAGUUAGAUAAAGCAAAGAAGGAAGUGCACUGUCCCACCCUCAGGAGAUUCUCCCAGUACUCAACAGACUAAGACAGCAGGAUUGUGUGGAAUAUAAAGCUGGCCUGGGCUAUACUGUGAGUUCAAGACCAGUCUCCACUAUGAAGCAAGACCCUGUCUCAAGAAACAAAAAACAAACAAAGUAAAAAAUGAGAUAAAAGUAAUAGAAGAAAGUAAAACAAAAAGAUCAAGAUAAAAAAGAAGAAAAAGAAAAAAAUUAAUAGGCCCAAACCCCCCAAACAUAGACAAACCAACAGAAAAAGAUGACUGCAAAAAAAUUCUUUUUUUUUUUUUUUUUUUUUUGUACUAGGAAUCAAACUCAGGACCUCAUGCUAAAUACCGAGCCCUCUUUCCUGUUUUUAAAUGAAUGAUUUAUAUCCAGGGUCUGCAUCUUGGAACAGUGUUGUGUGUGAAUGGUGAAUCCCACCCUGCCUUUCCCCCUGGGUGUGGUUAGUCAUUGGUAUCUGUUCUAUGGCUAUAGUCUCCCCAGAAACUCCCACUUUCCAUGUCCCUCUGAGAUGUACUCCAAGUCAGUUUUCUCACCUAGCUAUAUGCCCAUAGAUUUGUGCUGCUCCAGAGGCUCUUCUGCCCGUGGAUCUCAGGCUGAGGCAACUGUCCAAACUGAGCCAUAUCUUUGCUCCCACCAUUAGGUGGAGAAAGCAAAAGCAGACAGACUACUGAGUCCUGUGCUGGAUAUAAGUACUGGGUUUCAAACAGACCGCUCAACUUGCUGUCAACACUUUCAGAGCCAGUUGCCUAUGAAAGCCACACUCAACUGGUCUCCUAGCUCACCACAGAUGGUGCAGCCCCACAUCCUUUCCAGCCUAGGCUGAAGCUUCUCAAGGAGUAUAUGGCUAAUCCACACCCGCCUCUCUGCAACUAUCUCUUACGGCUCUCUUUCACUCAGUCAUUGUUGUCUCUCCACAGUUUAAAAAAUACUAGAGUCUCACAAAGAUGGCAGAUCGGUAAGCAGCAAUAUACAGAGGCUCCCUGAGAGAGAACUCAGAUACCAGGAUAAAAUAUCCAGACCUCUCUGGACAGAGGAAGAUGGACCCUCUCAACCCAAGAAGAAAUUAAAGGGAAAAGAACUGGUCAAACAUGCAGUCCCAGGACUACCAUUGGAGUAGCUAAGAUUAGCAGCCAUGGUGCUCUCACUGGAUCCGCCCAAACUCGCACUGCUGUGACUUGCCAGAGUGGCACAAACUCGUGCCCCUGCGACUUGCCGGAGCCACGGUCACACUGAGAUUGGAGGUCGGCAAGCCCAACAGAGAACAGAGCCAGUAUGGAGACCUGCAUUAACCCACAGUGAAUGCAGGGAAUAAGACCCUCUCAAGGGAAAGGGGCGACCAACUGGACACGUUGGAAUCGGGCAGGACAGGCAGGAACAAGGAAUGGCAGUGACUUCAGUUGGUUGCCUCCUUCCCAAAGCAGAUUGGUGGGAUCUGCUUGGCCUGGGUCACGGCCGUGGCUGGGAUCCAGUAAGCUGUCCCAAACCAAUUCCAUAUGCGCAGCACACACUAACAGGGUGAAGGCCCUUGCAGGUUGACUGGCCUGGAGGGGAGGGGCCAGCAAUAGCUGCCCCUGCUUGCACCUCAAUGACUAACAGCAAACUGGAGAGGGAAGAAAUCCCUAGCCAGCACACUUCAGAAGAACCAUAACCAACAAGGAAAAGGACUGAGACCUCCAUUAUACACCUAUGGUAUGGAAGAAACCAAAAACAUGACAAGAGAAAGAAAGAAAAAAAGGUCCCCAGCACCCAGCCCUGAGGACAUUGAUCCAGGAGAGGUGAAUACAAAAGAGAUUGAGGGCAGCAAACAUGCAGUAUCAGACACAACAUCAGUGGACAUAAAGAGAUAUCUUUGGGAUCUCAUAGACAAGCUUAAAAGUGAAAUAUUCAAGUAAAGCAAGAUAUAAGUAGAUUAAUAAAAGAAAUUCUAAGCACCCCUCAGAAAGACACAGAUGGAAGAAUGGAGGAACACACAAAAAAGAGAGAAACAUUUGAUGAAGAAUAUAAAGAAAACCCAAAAUACAAGAAGCAGAUUCAAAGAGAUUACCAGGAAAUUAAAAACUCCAUUGAAAGCUGGCAAAACUGCUUGCCACUGAGCUAAAUCCCCAGCCCCUGGGAAGAUCUCUUAAAAAUAACAAGGAAACAGGCAGUAACAAUACAAAGGCUAGAAGAUGCAAGAGGAUCUAUAACUUAAGAAUGAAACAUACGAAUGAAGAAGCAGGAGGAAAAACAAAGGAAAUACAAACGCUAUUCACAGAAAUAAUUAAGGAAAACUUCCCAAGCAUAGGAAAAGGAAAUGCUAUUCAGAUGUCUGAGGCAUACAGAAUUCCAGCCACCUACAACCAAAACAGAGCUACACCCAGACAUAUAAUAAUCAAGAUCCCAGAAAUUCAUCACAAGAACAGAAUAUUAAAAGCCAUCAGAGAAAAGAAACAGAUCACCUAUAAAGGAAAGCCCAUCAAAAUCACGGAGACUUCCUGACACAGACCAUCAAAUCAAGAAGAGCUUGCAGCGAAGUAUUCCAAGCCCUGAAAGAAAAUAGACACCAGCCCAGAUUGAUGUAUCCUGAAAAACUGUCUCUAGAAAUUAAUGAAGAAACAAAAUGCUUCCAUGACAAAGAGGAGCCAGGGAAAUUUGCGACUACCAAUCAAACCCUACAGAGAAUAGUGAAGGAAUUCUAGAGAGAGAAAAAAACCCAGCGUAUCAGGAACAGUGGCAGAGGCCUCAGUGAAUGGAGCAGACAGUAGAAUGAAGGAGAAAAGUAGGCAACCAAUGGCAGAAAAACAGCAUACCAGAAAUGAGGCAGAGAAGAUUGGCUAUAAUCUCUAACAUAAAUGGCCUUGAUACACUAAAGGAAAGAAAAGAAAAAAGAAAUACAGGCAGAGUAGAUCAGGAGGUAGGAUCCAUCGAAAUGCUCUGUAUAGGAAAUAUAACUAACCUGUAUAGGAAAUAUAACUAACCUUUUGGUUUAUGGACCUAAAAUCAAAUAUGAGAAAAACAAUGCUCUAUGUGACAGGGAACCAGAGAGAAAAAGGGGCAACUCGACCAACACCUGCAGAUAGGUUGGAAAGACAGGAUACUUACAUGCAAUAGAGAACUACUCAGCUAUAACAAAGGAAAACCUUGAGGCUUUUGUAGGUAAAGAAAUCAAGUCCAGGAGUGAGAAUGUGCAAAAGCACUCAGGUAAAGUAGCAGGUUGAUCCCCCCAAUCUAAAAACUGAGGGAGUUGGUGGGACCCAAAAUGCACAGUGCACCCUGUGGGAGUGAAAUGGGAGGAAUAGUCUAAAAAAAGAAGGCAGGGGAUUAUUUUUAAUAGUGUAUCAGGAUUUAAAACCCACAUUACUCAUACUGCUCUGUUUAGAUGAUUAUAUUCUGUUCCAGUUUGUCUGCUUGUACUAGAUUUGAGGGCACAGACAGCUAUCCCGAAAAUAGCAGGAUAUAGUAUGAUAAUCAUCCUUAAUUUCCUAUUAACUUAAUCUGAAGCCCUGUAUAACUUACAUUGUUUUAUCAUGACUGAUCUUAGUUGAAUCUGAUUUGUUAGAUUGCUGUUUUGUAUUGACAGAUUUUAUUCAAAUCUGUUAUGACUGAUAGUACCAAGUCUGAAUGUAUAGGCAACUACACUGAAGAUGACACGAAUCACUAGGAUACCCGCUCGGGUUUGAUUAUUACCUGCUUUUGAAGUUUUACACUGUCUACAAUGUUUUGCAUUUAUUAAUACUGUUAUGUACUGCUAUAUUCAAUUAUACUAUGCCUGCUGAUAUAGGCAAUUCUAUUGAAGAUAACAAGAGACAACACAGUAACCAUUGUAGAUCACCUUGUACUGUGGUUUUAUAUGACUUUUUCAUUUCAUGUUUUUAUAGGAAUGUUUUGUUUUUUCUUGCUUUGUUUUGUUUUUCCCUGUAAUACAGAAAAGAUAGAAAUAUAUGUAGAGACUCAUACAUGUGUAGAACCUAUUAACAAUUUAUGAGAACUAAUCAUAUAACGCAUAAGGAAAUGAACUACUUUAAAGAAAAAGAGACACUACAGUACCCAGUGCUGAUUCCAUCACGUCAUGAUGUGAAAUCCAGCAAUACUAUUGUUUUUUGUUCAGAGUGAUUUUAGCCUGUUUUGUUUUUUAAUUUCAACAAAUAUGAAGGUAUGGACAGCUGUUUUGAAGAGAAUGAGAGACAUUAUGACAGCCGUGGUUGACUUCCCUAUUGUCUGAUCUUGAUGACCUAAAACGCUUUCCUCAUCUUGUUCAGAUCAGCUCUAUACUAUGUUGUUUCAUGUGAAAUUUCUGUAUGUGAAGAUAUGGACAACUAUUUGGAAGAAAACGAGAUAAUAUAAUAGAUAGCGAACAUC